AAGACACUCUCUUUCCCCAAGGGCGGAGCGGAUUCACCAUCUCGAUCUGCCCCCACCCUCCAAGCUCCUUUCUUUUCCUGAAGGGUUUUCUUUCUGGAGCUUCGCAGAUCGGAGGAAGAUGACGCAGUCCUGAAACAGCAAGACUUUCAAGGCUCUGUGUCUUCUUCUAGUGGGAUUUUAAACAUGGGGAAGGAAAAUGUUGUCUCUCGUCCUCUCACUCGUGCCUUUGCGUCUGCUUUGCGCGCUUCAACUACAGAGAAUCAACAGAGAGCAAACACAAAAAGACCAGCCUCGGAGGAUGUUAACGUCACUGCGCCACCCAAUAAGAAGAAGAAGCGAGCUGUUCUUGGGGAUAUCUCAAAUGCUAGCUUCAGUGCAGCUAAACUUGAGGCUAGAGACAUCAAGCAGGUAAAGAAGAGUCAGGGGUUGGCGAGUGCAUCUUGUGUUACUUCAGAAGUCACAGAUCUUCAGUCCGGGACCGAGGCAAAAGCUGAAGUUGUAUCAGUGACAGCAGGAAACACAAAUGACACAGCUGAUAACUGUAUCGAGAAACACAAAUUGCCUCCUAGACCUCUUGGGAGAUCAUCAGCUUCUAUAGUUGAGAAAAGUGGUGUUAUUGGUAGUUCAACAGCACUGGAUCUCCCAAAAUUCACAGACAUUGAUUCUGAUGACAAGGAUCCUUUAUUGUGCUGCCUCUACGCCCCUGAAAUCUACUACAAUUUGCGUGUCUCAGAGCUUAAACGCAGACCGGUUCCUAACUUUAUGGAGAGGAUACAGAAGGACGUCACACAGUCCAUGCGGGGGAUUCUUGUUGAUUGGCUUGUGGAGGUCUCUGAGGAAUACACACUUGUGCCUGACACUCUUUACCAAACAGUGUAUCUCAUCGACUGGUUCCUCCAUGGAAACUACCUGGAAAGACAGAGACUUCAACUCCUCGGCAUCACUUGCAUGCUUAUUGCCUCGAAGUAUGAGGAAAUCAAUGCGCCACGCAUUGAAGAGUUCUGCUUCAUCACGGAUAACACCUACACAAGAGAUCAGGUCCUGGAGAUGGAGAACCAAGUACUUGCGCAUUUUAGCUUUCAGAUAUACACUCCCACUCCAAAAACGUUCCUAAGGAGAUUUCUCAGAGCAGCUCAAGCCUCUUACCUGAUCCCUCGCCGUGAACUCGAAUGUCUAGCCAGCUAUCUAACGGAGUUGACGUUGAUAGACUAUCACUUCUUGAAGUUUCUUCCUUCUGUCAUCGCUGCUUCAGCGGUUUUUCUUGCCAAGUGGACAUUGGACCAAUCAAACCACCCAUGGAAUCCAACACUUGAGCACUACACAGCGUACAAAGCGUCAGAUCUGAAAGCAUCUGUUUAUGCCUUACAAGAUCUGCAGCUUAACACCAAAGGUUGCCCUUUGAGCGCUAUACGCAUGAAGUAUAGGCAAGAGAAGUUCAAAUCUGUGGCGGUUCUCAUGUCUCCUAAACUACUUGACACGCUAUUCUGAAGGGCUAAACCGAACGGUUCAACUCCUAACCGAUAAUAGAUCUCUGUGACAUUGAUGGUCCGGUUCGUCUUUAUUCAUCUGUUACUCUUUUUGUUCAUAAAACAGGCUCCCACAGUCCCACUCAUCUAAUACCUGAUCAGAAUUCGGUUUAGCUUGGUUUAGUUUGAUCUGGAGGUUUGGUUCUUCCAAACACCAGACCUGGUUUAAUCUAAUCGGUAGCAAGAGGUUAUUUUAGUUGUAUCGAGAAUGUACAUUUUCUCCCAUCUUGAGGCGCAAUGUAAAAACAGUUUCGGGAAUUUCAUACUUACUAUUUAUGUAUUUUCCGAUGAGGUAGUUUAAUU